AUGCUGUCCAGUGCUCUCCACUGCCUGCAUCCCUCCUCCUCCUCCUUAUCCAGACAGCUGGUCCAUCUUCAGCCUCACAUGGAACCCAGUGGUCCUGUAGAGACCACCAUACGGACCAAACUAACCCAGGCCCUCAAACCUGAGCACCUGGAGGUCAUAAACGAGAGCCACAUGCAUGCCAUGCCCCCUGGUUCCAAGUCCCACUUCAGAGUUCUGGUGGCGAGUCCUCAGUUUGAGGGUCUUUCUCUUCUGCAGCGUCAUCGGCUUGUGAACGAGACUCUGCGGGACGAGCUCAGUACCUGCGUUCAUGUCCUCGCCAUCCAGGCAAAGACACCCCAGCAGUGGAGCAGCAACCCCAGCCUGGCCAAAAGCCCUGCGUGCCUUGGAGGAUCCAAACAUGAUAAUACAGUGGCUGAAAAACUGAAGGCAGGUCGAGAGUGA